CAAGGACUUAUCAGUCGGUUCAAGUGUGGACGUCUUGUAAAACUUCAUUACUCGAUUGUCUUGACUGUUCGUCCGUGUGACAAAGUCUGUUACGCAGUCUCCUCUCUUGGGGAAGUCCAGUACAUAGUGUCACGCUGUCUCAGACAGACGUUCUAUACAAUCAGACUAUCAUCCCGAAAGGGUCAAACUAAAAAGGUAUUGCGGCUAAACCAAAAUAAGACGUAUGCUAAUUUGUGGACGGUUUCUAAGAAUAAGGUCGUCAUCAAAAUGCAACACAGCUACAAAUAUUAAUAGCAUUAACUUCUAAGAAAACACCAAUUUUCACAGCUGUUGAUUUUGUGGAGACUAAGUUCCUAAAGGUACGGGAAAAAUCAAGAACUCCAAUACCAUAUUUUUACGCUUCAAAGCAAAGCCACUGCAGCAGUCUACUUUACAAAAUUGAAGGGAUUCGUUUAAAAAAAAAAGAAUACAAGAUGUCAAUAAUAUUAUUAAGAUGUCAAGACUUGUGGGCUGAAAAGGUGAGAUGUCAAACUGAUUGAAUCCAUAACACUUUUCAAGGAAUAGAAGGAAUAUGAAUUAGACAAGCAGCUGAGUAAAUCAAACUGAAGUUAGCCACGCGUUUUUGGACUACGCCAGGAACUCAACACGAAAUUGUGGUUACAUCGUCUUCAAGGUCGAAUAUAAGAGAACCAUGUUUGGUGACAACAUCUGUGGUAACAUAUCUGCUCCUACAAGCUUGUCCUACGCUUCUGCAAGCCUUUCCAUCCUCAUCGCCCUGACAAGCAUAGCGGGGAACCUACUUGUUAUCUUGGCUGUUCUCGUCGACCCUAAUAAAGAUUUAAGAUCUCCUUUCAACUAUUUCGUUAUCAACCUUGCCUUCGCCGACCUGAUUGUGGGAUGUGUCGUGGCACCUAUCUCCGCCAUUUUCCACACUUAUGAAGGACUUGGAGUACGUAUGAUUGUUCCUAUAAAAGUUCUCCAUUUAACCUUCUUUAUCACCUGUACGGCGUCUUUACUCAGCCUUGCUGCAUUGACAGUCGAUCGGUAUCUGGCAAUAACAUCUCCUUUGGAAUAUCGUACUAAACUGAGCACCAGCCGAGUGAUAAUAGCUUCAGUUGCUAUUUGGAUAUUUGCCGUCGGAUUCUCCUUCAUCUAUCUCAAAAGUGGAUACAUCUUAUAUACCUUUGUGUUCGCCCACACAACGAUUGUAUUCACCUUUAUGGUCUUACUAUUCACGUAUCUCAAGAUUUUUUCAAGCUUUCGAUCACAGGUCCAACAUUGGGAAAACCUUGCCGAGACGACUGAAGAAAAUCAAGCAUCACAACGAGCUAUGAAGUGGGAAAAGAAGAUCACAAAAACAUUUUUGAUCGUGCUAGCUUUAUUCAUGGCCUGUUAUGUUCCCUCGUGUAUCUUUGUGUAUAUCAUGAAUCUCUGUACCAGAUGUAGCUGUGUGCUGGUGCACGUGUCACGUGACUUGCAAAUCAUGUUCGUCAUGGCCAACUCGAGCAUGAACCCCUUCGUUUAUGGAUGGAGGUUGGAGAAUUAUCGCAGAGCGUUCAAGAGGAUAUUAACGUGCCGCUGGUUUGUAAGGAAAAUACGUAGUUUGUCUCGGUCGGUGUUGAGUAUCGGUGAGCGACAGGACAGUAGCAGCUAACUGGUUUUUACGUGACGCCAUGCAAAGCAAGAUAUAAUGGCGGACUCUUUACGAUGCAAGUUCAACAAUAUUUUGCGGCGUGUUUCUCGUUUUCAGCUUUCAAAUUUCCGACCGACGUUUUUUGAAAUAGGUGUAUACACCGAAUCGAAAUAUGACCAAUUUGAAUAACUAUUGUUCUGGACUGAUUAGCAUCUCUCACAUGUAAAAACGCCGCUAUCUUGAAAGUAUUGAAACGAGAGAGACUGUGGACGAGUAUUUUGGUUCCCAAAGCUUCCGGGUCCAAGUUUUCGGGACCCAUAAGUCCUUUCGGUCAUUGUACCGCUACAGUCUCUAAGCGUGGAGACGGAACGGACGAGCGAUACACUGUUGAAGAGCCUAAAAACGCUUUUAUUUUUCCAUGUGAACACGAAGCUAGUAGGUCUAAAACAGUAGUUAUUCAAAUUGGUCGCCAUAUUUUGACUCUGCGUAUGUUUGUAUGUAAACUUAAGCUUUGGUAAAAAAAGGGGGGGAGGGACAAAGCGGAGAUAGGGAAAGGGAAAGGGGAUAUCCUUAUCUCUUUUCUCCAGUUUCCAUUUUCAUUAUUAAAUGCCUUGUAUGCAAAUAUUCAUGUGCCAUACAUAUCAAGCAAUCAGUAUUUACUUUUCGUAUGGGACAGAAAGGCAGCUUUAUUGAUUUUAUUCAGGUCAUGAUUACCAAACAAAACCAGCUAAAACAAGACUCUCUAAAACAAAGUAUAGGAAUAAUUGAAUUUCUUUGAGAUGACUCAAUCAGAUUGAAAAGUAAGUAUUAAUAACUACUUAAUAUCUAAAAGCUGGUUUUCACUAGGGACCUUAAGCUGCAGGACGGCAACGACGACGACGACGGCAACCAUACAAUAGCACUAAUUGCGCUAUUCAAUAGAUACUCGUUGAAAUGUACAAAAUACUAUACAUCAUUGCCAUCUUAUGCUGAAAGUAAGACGUGAAAUGUCCUAUUUUUACGUACUAAAGAGAACUGCUACGCCAUAAGGUUAUCUUUGCUGAUUUUCGUUAUAAGUAAAGCGCUCCCAAAAGACAUUUUUUAAAUAUAGCAAGAAAGAGAUUGUUUGCCAUCAUGAUUUUAUACAUUGUUUUAGUGCUCUUAAAGUAAGCAUUGAUUAUUUGAAAUACUACUUAUUAGAUUUCACCGUCAAUAACAAGACAGUCACUAACGUUGUAAAAAUUUUGUUUUGCGUGAUAAAACAGGGUAAUCAUAACGAAUAAAAAUGAAUUGUAUACGAUAUAAAAUAGAAUAGAAUUUAAAAUAUGUAACAACCACAAUAUACAUUAAAAGAAUGAAAAAUAUGAAACAUAUUCAUAAUGAAGCAAACAAGUCCUAGUGCUGGAUGACUGUACUUUGAUAGAGUGAAGGCAUUUAACCCGUGAAAUAAAAAUUAUUAGUCAACGUGUAAUAGUCAAAUAGACACAAAAGAAAACAAUGGAAUUAGGGUCUACUAAAGUGUAUUAGUCUAAUAUCUAUU